AUGGUAUACUACAAACGGAAACCCAUCGUACUGCCGACGCCCCAACCCUUGCCUUCCAACAUUAACGUGAAUGUUUGGCACAUCUAUGAGACAGGUGAAUGGUUCCUAACGUACACAGAGUAUCUGGAGCGCAUGGACUUCUACCUCAGCCACCAGUUCACAUGCGAGAUCACGGGCACGUCGUUUUUGACCUUUUUUGAAGCGCUCAACAGCGAGGAAACACAGUUCAGGCUGGUGGAGGAAAAAUUCCCUCUGAAGCUGCGUGAGCCCGUUGCCAAGUUCAUGCAUUUCAACGAGAUCAAACGCGUAGACUUGCUGGUUGAGCGGGUUUAUGCGCGCUUCAAGACCGACUUCUACCCUGGGGAACGAGUGUAUGUGAGACGCAAAAACGAAAAGCUGUACGUCGCUCAAGCAAAUACCGACGAGACUGGAGAGCAGCUGGCCCCGAUGCCUGCCGGAGCGAUUCCACACGUCUCUUAUAUUGUGAAGGAAAAAGCAAGCUUCAACGCAGUUGUCGACCUGACGGCCUCAGAGGUUGUUAAACCCGCAUUUUCCAAGUAUAUGAUCACCGAGGAAUUUGGUGUCAAGUCACUAAUGGUGGAAGAAAAUGACAUUUUCCGGGAUCGCUCCACAUUCACCAAGCACCUGAUAAAAUGCUUCUGCAAAAUUACCUUACGACGUGCAUCUUCGAAGCUUGGCGCCCCACUGUGUGUCCGAGACGAAUAUUUGCCCAUGUACGGUCUUACUUUGGACUGGCCUACUUCUAUGCAGAAGUAUAGAGACGAUUUUAAUGAGCUUCGUCAGGGGCAGGUCGGUCACAAUCAAGAACAAAGUAACAAUAGAGCCAACGAAACAACAUCUCGUAAUGCGCAGGCGCAAACCUCAAAAAGAUCGUUUUUCGACGGAGAGAAAAAUCCCGAGGCCAAAAAGAAGUCUAAAAACUCCGGCCCAUCACCAUCGCCUUCGCAGCCGAACGAAGAGCCAAUUGACCACUUACCUCCUCCAUACAUCGGGCCCAAUAGGGCCCUAGAGAACGCUUUUUACUAUAAUGAGCACUUAGAAAGCGUUCCGGUCUGCCAUUCAGGAGUAAGAUUUGCGCAUAUGUACAAAUUACUGGAAGUUUAUCAGUUUUGUCAAACUUUCAGCAAAGUUCUGGUACUAGCGCCGUUUGGCUGGGACACAUUAAUUAAAAGUAUCAAGUGUUCUGAUUUUAAAAAUGCAUUUAAUGUGACUGUCCAUGUUGAUGUUCACCAUCCCUUAUUGGCGGCCAGGCGUAAGAAGGAAAAUGAAGGUGCGGACUACGUUUCUUCGAGCGUCUUAGAGCAUCGGAUAGAGAGGGUAAGUCCAGGACUUUGCAAAUAUUUCGAAGACCUAGGGUCGCAGUCUGUUAGUUACAAACUCUUAGGCAAUCAGACUCUUUUGGCUGAUGUCAUCGACAGCACUGACACAGCUGGGGCCUCCCUGAUGGUGGAAUGUUUCAUUGCCUUAGAACGUCUAUUUAUCGCAGAAAAUGGCGAUUGGCGAUGUUUAGUGAUGGAUAAAUGGUAUGAUGAGGAUGAGCUGACAGCGAAGACCAACAGAGAAACUGGAGAUAGUGUCAAGCCAAAGGAAAAUGGCAACAAAGAUGAGGACGAUUUGCACGAUCCUGAAAUUUUUGACCUUCUUGAGAGAUGUCUAAAUUUUCGCAAAGUCUCAUGGACCGAGCGUUUAUCUAAAAGGCAGUUCAAGAAUGGGUUUUGGAUAAUCAUACUGUUGGGGAUAUACCAAGACUGCAUGCAUCUGCCAAUGUACACUCCCUUCGUCCACAAGUUCAUCAAGGCAGUCGUACCUGCUGAUGGGUCUGCCACUCAUUUGAAUAAAGCACUGUGGCGUAACUUCUGUCAGAAUUUGAGCUUGGAGGACAAAGUUUAUGCUCUUUGGAUUUUGGUGGACAUGGCCUCUAAUUUCUCGCAGGACAUCAAGAACUUCAUCGAAGACACCUUAGACGUCUGUACUCAAAUUCGCAGUGAGAAAUUGAAGCUGUCCAAGCGUCUUAAGACAGCCUUGAGCUCUGUUGGCCAGCUUUCAAGCACAAAUAUUGCAAGUGUCGCACCAAACAAUGAAUUGUCAGUGAAAUUAGACCAUCAGCAUGACUUAAUUGAUAGAAUCAACCGAGAUAGGGAUUAUUUGACUCAGAAAUUAAUCGAAAAUGAUGUUCGAAGGUUGAAGAGCCUGGGAACAGACCGAAAUGGAAAUAAAUACUACUGGCAAGAGCUAAGCGGCGUGCAGAGAGAUUCGCCAAAUGGAAAUGGCGAUCUUGGCUCAAACCGACUUUGGGUUAGAGGGCCUUCUAAAAAGCACAUGGAAGAUAUUCUGAAGAUUCCACAAGAAACAAUAAAACAUUGGAAACAGAUGGUGGACAAAAUGCCUAUCGAGCAAGCUGCCCUUCAAGUAUUCAAAGUUGAGAGAGAUAAAGAUAACGUCCUCACAUGUGGAGAAGGUCAGGAAAAGACCACUUUGGUGUAUGCCGACUGCACAGUCAAUGAGUCUGCCAUAAAGUCCUCAGCAUUCUACAGGAAACUAGUAGACGAAAGAUCAAAUGCACUGCUUUUAGGGGAAAACUCGUGGGUGUCCAUUGAAAGGCCACAGGAUGUCGAAGAGCUCAUCGGGUGGCUAAGCGCAGACAUGAGUGUGGAUCCGACCCUCGUUAAACAGUUGAGAGCGAUAAAGAAGUCGUUACUCGAGAGUAUAAACAAGAGAUGGAUUGAUCUUGUCAAUGCGAGAUCUACAGAGGACGAUACUGUACAAAAGCAGGUGAUUGAUUGUGCCAUUUCCGAAGAAGACCUUCAGCUUGGCCAAGUAACCGAAGUCGACGAAAACGCCGCUGGCGAUGAAGAAGAGCUCGAACGAAUAGCACAUGAGAUCAUGGAACUAGACGACUCGUCGAAAACAAGAGUGUCUUUAAAUAGAAUUCGGGAACUUGAGGAGCGUCGGGACUACCUACUAAAUGCAAGAACAUUUAACGACCACGCGAUCAGGAUAAACUCAAGAAAUCAGCGCAAAAAAAAGCUAGACGACCUCGAAACUAGGCUCAACGAACAAGAAGUUGCCCUUACUUCUUAUGUGAACUUCAAAAUCCAAAAUGUCAAUCCAGAGAAAGUCAUGUGGAUGAAUGAGGUUGCUUAUCAGUUGUGGAAAACAUCUUUGUACCUAGGCGCUUCUGGGAAGCCAAUCACCCAAAAAAAAUGUCCGUUAAAGCAAGAAUGGCCGAGAUUUUUGACGGCAUGA